GUAGCAUCAGUCUUCCUCACAUUUCGAUCAUGAGCAGACGCGUUCAGAGAAAUUGAGUGUGAACUAUACCGAGUGAUUCGAUGACGGUUCAGGAUAAGAAAAAAACAAAUCUCUGGUGAUUUUCCACCACUAACUUGAUGUACGCUGGAUUGAAACGAACCGAAUCUGGAGGAUACGAGUGUUUUUUUGAAUAUCAAAAGCCAACCAUCAUGAGCUGUGUAGAGUUCGUUGCCACUUUAGGAUCGAUAAUUAUAUUAAUAAUUACCAUGCCGUUUUCGUUAUUUUGGUGUUUCAAAGUGGUGCAAGAAUAUGAACGCGCUGUCAUAUUCCGAUUGGGCAGGCUCCGGACAGGGGGUGCCAGAGGGCCGGGAAUAUUUUUUGUGUUGCCCUGCAUGGACAGUUACUGCAAAGUGGAUUUGAGGACGAUAUCUUUCGAUGUACCGCCUCAGGAGGCUCUCACAAAAGACUCAGUGACCGUAACAGUGGAUGCAGUUGUAUACUACAGAAUCCAGGAUCCGCUAAAUGCUGUAGUGAAAGUUACGAAUUACAGCAAUUCAACUAGGCUGUUAGCGAUGACGACUCUGAGAAACAUCUUAGGAACCAGAAACUUGGCAGAAAUUCUGUCCGAUAGAGAAGCAAUAUCUCACGCGAUGCAGACCUCUUUAGACAUUGCAACUGACCCAUGGGGAGUCAAAGUGGAAAGGGUGGAAAUCAAAGACGUGAGCCUACCACAGCAACUGCAGCGAGCGAUGGCAGCAGAAGCGGAAGCAUCCAGAGAGGCUAGAGCCAAGGUCAUCGCUGCCGAAGGAGAAAUGAAAGCCUCGAGAGCACUCAAAGACGCUUCCGAUGUCUUAACCGAAAGCCCAGCGGCAUUGCAGCUGAGAUACUUGCAAACCCUGACCAAUAUUUCUGCUGAGAAGAAUUCAACUAUCGUUUUCCCGUUGCCUAUAGACCUCAUCAGCCAUUGGAUAAGCAGCAACCCUCGUGACGGAAAUAAUAGUCGAUUUUGAAAUCGAUUUCAAAAUCAGCAUCUAUCAGCACAGGAAGUGUACCAGUUGAUGAUUAUAUCAGAGUUGGGUUAAAGUCCUUCGUCCUUUAGAUACAGUUUUCUGCUAAUCAUAUUCUCAGUCUUUCUCUUUCGACGUACCCACAUAGAAAACCCAAUAUUGUUGAGUUUAUUAUUCCUUACCGAGAACAAAAAGCCUCAUUCAAUUGAUUGAACAUACUGAAUGUAUCCACCUAGUGAAUAGUGUGUAUAUAGAAAAAACAAAACAUUUCCAGGACGCUUGUCCAACCCACCAAACGAUAAUGAUGAUAUCAGAUAAAGAAAAUGAAUUUCGAUAUUUUCGAUUAUGAAAACCUACCUACCUGCUUUGUAUUCUAUAUUUUAUUAUAAAUGUGUACUACUCAACAAAU